AUGAAGGGCCCGGGGCGCGACCCCCGCUGCCUGGCCGCCCUCCCCAACGGCGCGCCCGGCGGCAGCUGCGGCAGCCUCCAGCAGGAGAACGGCGACCAGCAGCCCCUGUGCACGCCCAGCGGCCCCGAACCCGCCUGCAGCAGCGCCGGCGGCCCCAACCUCUUCCGAGACGGGCGGACCAAGAUCGACUUCGUGCUGGUGUGGGAGGAGAAGGCGCGUCCCGGCGCCGCCGCCGCCGCCAAGAGGAGCCGUAGCAGCAGCAGCAGCCGCCGGCGGAGGGCCCGCGCCCAGGCCCGGGCCGAGCAGCAGGAGGCAGCCGUGGCCUCGCGCCACCAGCGCUGGCGGAGCAAGUUCGGGCGCAACCUGCGCGCCACCGGCCUCCUCCUCGAGCAGGAGGAGACGGCGAGCGAGCGGCGGAGCGUCCAGUUCCUGAAGCUGAGCGCGCCCUGGCCCCUGCUGCUCUACUACGCCGAGGAGCUGAGCCUGCGGGCGCCGCUGCAGGCCCACCCCAACCCGGACAGCAACGCCUCGGACGCUCUGCUCCGCAAGCUGCGCCUGCCCAACCCCCUGGCCCAGCCGGUGCCCAACAAGCCCCUCGACUUCUACACCUGCGCCUUCCGCAAGUCCAAGCUCCACAGGUUUCUGGGCAGCGACUCCCGCGACUCCUACUUCAGCAACACGCAAAGGCAGCGCAUCGUGUACGAGAUCUUGGCCCGCACUGCCUACGGGAAGAGGAAGCGCGCCCAAGUGGGCAUCGAGCGGCUGCUGAAUGAAGGCGUCUAUUCUGCAGCCUUCCCCUUGCACGAGGGUCCUUUUGAGCUGCCCGAGUACGAGGUGCCCGGAGAAGAGCUGAACCCCCGGCAGGUCCUGUACGGCUUCUGGGCGCGAUGGGGCUGCUGGUACAAGUACCAGCCUUUAGACCACAUCCGGGAGUAUUUUGGAGAGAAGGUGGCCAUCUACUUCGCCUGGCUGGGCUUCUACACCGCGUGGCUCCUCCCUGCUGCAGGCGUGGGCACCUUCGUCUUCCUCGCGGGCCUCUUGGCCAUGGGCACCAACACGCCAGCGCAAGAGAUCUGCAACAGUGGGGGUCAGUUCCUCAUGUGCCCGCUGUGUGACUCCUGCGGCAACUGGAACCUCUCCGAGAUCUGCUCCAUGGCCAAGGUCGGCUACCUCUUUGACCACCCGGGGACCGUCUUCUUCAGCAUCUUCAUGUCCUUCUGGGCUGUGACCUUCCUGGAGUACUGGAAGCGGAAGAACGCCACCCUGGCCCACCACUGGGACUGCAUGGACUUCCAGGAGGAGGAGGAACGGCCGCGGCCGGAGUUUGCUGCACUGGCGCCUUGCAUGGAGCAGAAUCCCAUCACUGGGGUGAAGGAGCCCCACUUCCCCGCCUGGGACCGCCUCCCACGCUUCCUCACAGGGUCCAUGGCCAUCAUCCUCAUGCUCUGCGUGGUGAUGAUCUUCCUGGUGUCCGUGAUCCUCUACCGCGGGAUCAUCAGCACCAUGAUGUACCGCACCGGAAACUCCCUCUUGGUGAGCCAGGCCGGGAACAUCGCCAACCUGAGCAGCUGCAUGGUGAACCUCGUCCUCAUCCUCCUCCUGGGCCAGGUCUACACCUCCCUGGCCGAGAAGCUCACCAGGUGGGAAAUGCACCAGACACAGACGCAACAUGAGGACGCCUUCACCUUCAAGGUCUUCAUUUUCCAGUUUGUGAAUUUCUACUCCUCACCUUUCUAUGUGGCCUUCUUCAAAGGCAGGUUUGUGCGCUAUCCAGGUCAAUAUGGCAAACUGCUGGGCAUGCGGAAUGAGGAUUGUGGCCCCGGGGGGUGCCUGAUCGAGCUGGCCCAGCAGCUCUUUGUCAUCAUGGUGGGGAAGCAGAUUGUCAGCAACGCCCAGGAGUUCCUCCUCCCCAAGCUGAAGGCCUGGCACCAGAAGCGGAAGCUGGCCCGGGUGCGGGGCGCCCAGAUCGCCCAGGAGCCCAGGCGCUGGGAAGAGGACUUUGAGCUCAUCGCCUGCGAAGGCCUCUUUGAGGAGUACCUGGAGAUGGUCCUGCAGUUCGGCUUCAUCACCAUCUUUGUGGCCGCGUUCCCCCUGGCUCCGCUCUUUGCCCUGCUGAACAACUGGGUGGAGAUCCGGCUGGAUGCCCAGAAGUUUGUGUGCGAAUAUCGCCGCCCAGUGGCCGAGCGCGCGCAGGGCAUCAGCGUCUGGUUUUUCAUUCUGGAUGUCCUGGCACACCUCUCGGUGGUUGUCAACGCCUUCCUCAUCGCUUUCACCUCCGACUUCCUGCCACGCCUCCUCUACCAGUACGAGCAGGACAGCCAGCUGCGGGGCUACGUCAACUUCACCCUGGCCUACUCGCCUCCCAGCUAUGUGGACAGCAACCACACCAUGUGCCGGUACAAGGCUUUCCGCGAUGCCAACGGCAGCUACACCCUCUUCUACUGGAAGCUCUUGGCCAUCCGCCUGGGCUUCAUCAUCACCUUUGAGCACGUGGUGUUUUUCUGCUUGCGCCUGAUUGACUGGCUGGUGCCGGACGUCCCGAAGUCCCUGGAGCUGAAGAUCAGGCGGGAGAGAUACUUGGCCAAGCAGGCCUUGGCCGACAACCCGGCUGCGCUGCUGAUGGUGAGUCCGGACUCCUCCUCCUCCUCCUCCCCAGGUCAGUUGGGGUGGGGGAGGGGAUGGGAGGGGCGCCUGGGCCAUUGUGUUGAUGUUGUCCCCCCCACCCCAGGCACCAAAAACGUCCCUUGCCAAAACCCACUCUUGCCCUCAAAGGAUCAACUCCUGCCCCCUGGGGUAUGCAGAGAAGAGGAGCUGCCUCUGAGCAGGCAGCUCCCAGCAGCAGGGAAGCGCCGGAGAGCUCCGGGCCCUGCCAGCCCCGGCGAGAGACUCUUCCCCACCUCCGCCGCCCGCCAGACGCACCAAAGGUGCCAAGAGCCGAGGCAGCCCGUCUGCCGGAGGUCGGGGGAGGCCCGCUCCUCGAAGCCCCUUCCGUGCCUCCCCGCCCUGAGCACCCGCAGCCGGAAGGGGAUGGGGGGGACGCGAGGGAGCCGGGAAAUCCCCCCCAGAAGAUGCGUCUCUGCCUCUGCCCGCGACUCCGCGGUAUUUCUCCGGCCCCCCCCACCCCGGGUCUUGCCAAAGGAGCGGGUCUCUGGCAGGACUCCCCGGGCCGGCUGUCUAGGGCCACGGCUGCUCUCGAGCCAGGAGGAGAUUCGAGGGGCAAGGAACCCUCGCCCUCCCCACCCCCCCCUCCCCUGA